AUGAAUACACCGAUAGUUAAAUUGUCGGAUAAAGAUCUGGAAUCAGUUUACGAACCUUCGGAGGAUUCCUUCCUCUUGAUAGAUGCCUUAGAAGCUGACUUAGAGGUCCUAAAAGCUAUGAAACCUGUGAUGUGUUUAGAGAUAGGUAGUGGAUCUGGUAUCGUGAUCACGGCACUGGCGAUGGCUUUGAAGAAAUACUGUCAGUGCUAUCAUCUUGCGAUCGACAUCAAUGUCGAUGCGUGUAAAGUUACAAAGAAAACGGCUGCGGAGAAUCUAGUAGAUAUAGAUAUCGCGCAGAUGGAUUUAUUGAGCUGCAUACGCACCGGUAACGUUUUCGAUGUCGUGGUGUUUAAUCCACCGUACGUGGUAACCAGUGACGAUGAAAUUUCAAACAGGCAGAUUCUGUUCAAAGCUUGGGCAGGUGGUACAAACGGUAGGAAAGUUAUGGAACGAGUGUUUCCAAAAAUUCCUCACAUUCUGUCUAACACGGGGGUAUUUUAUCUGCUGGUUAUCGAAGCGAACGAUCCCGAGUACAUUUUGCGUGUGUUUAUGGAUUUGAACAUGGUAGGCGAGAUAAUAGCAGAGAGAAAGAUCCGGGGAGAGCAUUUGUACAUAUUACGAUUUAAAAAAAAAUAGCAGUAUGUGUAUGUAUGUAUGUAUGCAUGUAUGCAUGUAUGCAUGUAUGUAUAUAUGUAUAAAUACGUACAUCUUUUUCGUGUCUACAUAUUUUGUACCUGAGCGAUCAAGAAAGUUGUCAAUGGUUAAAGAGUAUUAUUUGUUUCAGUUUUUAUUUCGAUCCAUGAUUGUUACGAUACAUGACACGCGUGAUCGAUGAAAUUUUGUAAAAAUUUAUUUUGUAUAAAUUUAAUUUGUUGCCUAGCAACUAAACAACAUUGGAAUAUAAAUAUGGAAUGAGAGAGAAUUAUUUGAUUUGUAUACACGUGUAUGUAUGUAUAUUUUAUUCGUCCUGUAUACGUGUUAUUCUUAAUCGUAAGGUUUGUUGUACUCGUCGACGAUCGAACCUGUCAUCUCCAAUGAUGCGAAGGGAAACGACUGUACAGUGAAACGAGAAAUAUACACGUACAUGUUA